AUGAAUCCAUCCAUUCUCUCGCGACCACUGGGCCGUCUCUACUCCUCGACCACGCAUCAUCUCGGAUCCUUUCUGUUCCGUCCACGCGUCUUAUCCAGCAUGGCCGUGGCCACCUCCACCCCGCGUGAUCCCAACACGCUGAGCAACUACCACCACUGGCGCUCCACCCACAUCUCCGCCACCUUUGACAUCCUCUUCGACCAGAAGAAGCUGGUCGGCAAUGUCGUGCACCAGUUCCGGUCAACCACCGAGGCGCAAUCGCGUGAGAUCAUCCUCGACACGAGCUAUCUCGAUAUCGGCGAGGUCAAGGUCAAUGGACAGCAGUCGCAGUGGGAGUGGAUGCCCGCCGUGGCUCCCUACGGAACCCCAUUGAAGAUUGUGCUGGAGAAGCCCGUGGAGCUGGACGGGACUGUGGAGGUCGAUAUUGCGGUUCAAACGACCAACGAGUGUACCGCGCUGCAGUGGUUGACCCCGGCGCAAACCUCCAACAAGAAGCACCCAUACAUGUUCUCGCAAUGCCAGGCCAUCCAUGCCCGCUCCAUCUUCCCCUGCCAGGAUACUCCGGAUGUCAAGAGUACCUUUGACUUUAACAUCACCUCCCCGCUGCCGGUCAUGACCAGCGGUUUGCCGAUUCGAGACGCCUCCGAUACUACCACUCAAUCUGAGAACAAGGUGUACCGUUUCCACCAAUCGGUGCCGAUUCCGAGCUAUCUCUUUGCUAUUGCAUCCGGCGACGUCGCCGAGGCUCCCAUCGGUCCCCGCAGUGUGGUUGCCACGAGCCCCGACAAGCUGGACGAAUGCAAGUGGGAACUCGAGGCCGACACCGAGAACUUUAUCAACACCAUCGAGAAAAUUGUGUACCCCUACGCCUGGGGCGAGUACAAUGUGCUCAUCUUGCCGCCCAGCUUCCCCUACGGAGGAAUGGAGAAUCCCAUCUUCACCUUUGCCACUCCCAGCAUUAUCUCCAAGGACCGAGAGAAUGUGGAUGUUAUCGCCCAUGAGCUGGCCCACAGCUGGAGUGGUAACCUCGUGACCAACUGCUCGUGGGAGCACUUCUGGCUCAAUGAGGGCUGGACCGUUUAUCUUGAGCGCCGAAUCCUGGCUGCCGUCGUGAUGAUUCCCAUCAACAGCCACGGUGAAGCCUACCGCCACUUCUCGGCCAUUAUCGGCUGGAAGGCCCUCAAGGACUCUGUGGACCACUUUGGCAAGGAUCAUGAAUUUACCAAAUUGAUCACUGACCUCAAGGGCAAGGAUCCGGAUGAUGCGUUUUCCAGCAUCCCUUACGAGAAGGGCUUCAAUUUCCUCUUCCACCUGGAAAACCUCGUGGGCAAGGCCAAGUUUGACAAGUUCAUUCCUCACUACUUUACCACAUUCAAGUGCAAGUCGCUCGACUCGUUUGAAUUCAAGGCCACGCUCCUCGACUUCUUCAAAUCCGACGCCGAAGCCACCCAGCUCCUCACGGAGCUCGACUGGAACACCUGGUUCUACGCCCCCGGACUGCCCCCGAAGCCCCAGUUCGACACCUCCAUGGUCGACGUCGUCUACGAGCUCGCCAAGAAAUGGGAAUCCCUGCCCGAUUCCGGCUUCAAGCCGCAGGCCAGUGAUCUCGAGGGCCUGGCUGCCAACCAGAUCCUGGUCUUCCUGGAGCAGAUUCUUCUCUGGGAAAAGCCCCUCACUCCCGACCUGUCCAAGCUGAUGGGAGAGGUGUACGGCCUGUCCAAGAGCUCCAACAUCGAGGUGGCCAAUCUCUAUCUCCAGGUGGGCAUGAAGGCGGGUGACGAGAGCGUCGUCGCGCCGACCACGGAACUGCUGGGUCGCAUUGGUCGGAUGAAGUUUGUGCGCCCGUUGUUCCGGAACCUGGCCAAGAUCAACCGCGCGGUGGCGGUUGAGACGUUUGAAAAGUACAAGGACUUUUAUCAUCCGAUUUGCCGGGGAUGGUGGAGAAGGAUCUGUUUGGGAAGAAGUAGAGAGGGGUUUUUUUGGGGUUGGGUUGAAGGGAAAGGGAGAGAGGAAGAGAAAACGUAA